ACCCACCUGAAUCCUCUUCUCCUGACAACAUGUGUUGCAACUACGGGAACUCCUGCGGCUAUGGCUGCGGAUGCGGCUAUGGCUGUGGCUAUGGCUCAGGCUAUGGCUGUGGCUAUGGCUCAGGCUGUGGCUGUGGCUAUGGCACCCGUUGUGGCUGGGGCUACGGCUCAGGCUGUGGCUGUGGCUACGGCUCAGGAUGUGGCUGUGGCUAUGGCUCCCGUUGUGGCUGUGGCUAUGGCUCAGGCUGCGGCUGUGGCUAUGGCUCAGGAUGGGGCUGUGGCUGUGGCUCAGGAUGGGGCUGUGGCUGUGGCUCAGGAUGGGGCUGUGGAAAAGGCUCCUGCUGUGGCUGUGGAUAUGGCUCUGGCUCUGGCUGCUGUGGCUACUGGCCAUUUUGCUACAGAAGAUGUUAUUCUUCUUGCUGCUAGACCAUCACUCUCCAAGCCCCAUUUGCUUCUGAAAUGAUACCACCAAAGCAAGAGCUGAAGCAAGAAUCCAUACCUCAAGAAUUCUACAUUCAGAAAAUUGCAUGCUUGACAGAGGCUUUGACCCCCAGUGAUCUCUUGUGAGGAUGGGAUCUUGAGGCUCUAGGCUGUGUGGUAUCAUCUGACUAUUUCCCAGAUGUUGUUCUUUGUUCCUUUAAUCUGGAUUCUGUGUUGGGACUCUCCCAGAGAUCCUAACAUCCCACAGUUGGACAAAAAACUCAUU